UAAGGAUUGUUUGCCUACGUAUCUAGCUUUUAGGCCUACACGGAAGUACUUAUCUACAAAAAUCAACCUCGAUGUCUAAUUCUAGAUGACUGCCCUUCAUUGGACGUGAGCUGCCUAUACACUCGGUACAUAAUGGAGACUGUGGUCAUUGUGGCCAUUGGUGUCUUGGCCACUAUUUUCCUGGCUUCUUUCGUGGCACUAGUUGUGGUCUGCAGGCAACGAUAUUGCCGAACAAAGAACCUUCUUACUCAUUACAAUAACAAGCCAACUGUAGAUUUAAUUGGAGCAAUGGAAACCCAAUCCGAGCCAUCAGAGCUGGAGCUUGACGAUGUGGUGAUUACAAAUCCUCAGAUAGAGGCAAUUCUUGAGGACGAAGACUGGAUCGAAGAUGCAUCGGGCCUGGUGUCUCACUGCAUCGCUAUUCUUAAGAUAUGCCAUACACUGACCGAAAAGCUGGUUGCUAUGACUAUGGGGUCUGGAGCCAAGAUGAAAACCCCUUCAAGUCUCAGUGACAUCAUUGUUGUAGCAAAAAGAAUCAGUCCAAGAGUUGAUGACGUGGUCCGUUCCAUGUAUCCCCCUCUGGAUCCAAAACUACUGGAUGCCCGAACCACUGCUCUUCUACUGUCUGUCAGUCAUCUUGUGCUGGUGACCAAAAACGCCUGUCACCUGGCUGUUGGAAUGGACUGGAUCGACCAAUCGAUGUCUGCUGCUGAGGAACACAUGGCAUUCCUUAGGGAAGCCGCGUUAGCCACCGAACCAGAACGAGCGAUACCGGGAGCUGAGAAUUUUCUGCAGGAGCAAUCUACAAUUUAAAUGUGGAAGCCUUUCAGGAGCUAGAUCUCCAUUUAUUAACUCAAAUGUUUUAUUCUGAGAAAUGACCAUGUUCGAGUUGUGCUCGAGAAUGAUGGUCAAUGUACUCCAUCAUCUCUGAUAAAGAAACACAAAAAAAAACUAUAAAACAACUCCCAGCACAUACCAGCAUGUGCAAGACUUAACCAAAAGAUAAAAACCUUAACGAAAGAGAUAUAAAUGUGAUGCACACCAUUACCUAGAACAUAGGUAGUCAACUUGCGGCACUUUAGAUGUUUUGGACUACAUAUUCCAUGAUGCUUUGCCAGCAUUAUAGAUGUAAGAGCAUAGUGGGAGAUAUAGUCCACAAUGUCUGCAUUGCUGAUGGUUGCCUACCCUUGACCUAGAAGUAUUUAUUGAGUCUGAUAUGUUCCAUAGACGGGGUUAUUUACUAAGGUGAGAAUUGUUGUGAAUUCAAAGUGAACUUCAAAUAUAAGACCAGAGUAGUUAAAAAGCAAAGAAACACUAUAGUGUUAGGAACACAAACGUUUAAUCUGACACACUUAGCCCCCUUAGAAGGGGUUCAAAUUCACCUUAUUUCCAGCGCUGUGCAGGUUCGCCAACCCUGGCCCCGCUCUUGAUGACAUCCUCAGAAUUUCAGAUUUUUUAGUCAAUACACUGUUUUCCCAUUGGGAAAGUAUUAGAUUGUCUGAAAUCAGCAAGGAGGUGGGGCCAAGUGCCGUUUUGGCCAAUCAGCACCUCCCCCUAGAGAUGCAUUAAAUCCAUACAUCUCUAUGAGGCAAAUUCAACGUCUCGCUAAACGUCAGCACUGCCCUGUCAGGGCUGCUUGUUUUUUCGGCAGCACUGACCUAGGAAGCCACUCCAGUGACCAUCUGAGGAGUGGCCACUUGGAGGUGUCCCUAGAGGGCAAUGUAAACACUGCCUUUUCUCUGAAAAGGCAGUGUUUGCAUGAAAAUGCCUGAAGGCAAUUAUUAUACUCACCUGAACUACAUUAAGCUGUAGUUGUUCUGGUGACUAUAGUGCCCCCUUAAUUGUAAAAUUCACGUUGAAUUCCCAAGAAUUCUCAAUGUAGUAAAUAACCCUGAAAAUUUUGGAGGGUUGCCCAUCUUAAUAUUUUGCAGGUAAUGAUGUGGCUACAUUAAUAUCAAUUGUAAACACGUUGUUGUAUGAUUGCACCAUCUUUUGGAAAAAUACUCUAUUUUACUUAUACUAUAGUUGAAACGAAAGAAAGGCGCCCGGAUUACUCAUGAUGAGCUACAACCUUUUUUUUUACACCUUUUGAGACUUUCUCCUCUCAAGUUUAGAAUAUUCAUUGCAUGGAGAAAA